GUGCAGGCGCCGAGUGAGGCGGCGCUGGACGGGUUGGCGGGCUUUUCUGCGCCCCGCGCGGACGGCGAUGCUGGGGGGCGGCUUUGGAGCCCGGGAGCGCGAGGCGGAGGGCGACGGGGCGGGAGCUGUGCCUGCGCCGCCUGCCAUCGACUUCCCGGCCGAGGGCUCGGACCCCAAGUAUGACGAAUCUGAUGUCCCAGCAGAGCUUCGGGUGUUCCGAGGACCCCUGCAACAGCCGGCUUUCCCUUUUGCUGUUGCGAACCAACUACUGCUUGUUUCUUUGCUGGAGCACUUGAGCCAUGUGCAUGAACCAAACCCACUUCGCUCAAGACAGGUGUUUAAAUUACUUUGUCAGACCUUUAUCAAAAUGGGGCUGCUGUCUUCCUUCACUUGCAGCGAUGAGUUUAGCUCACUGAGACUACAUCACAACAGGGCCAUCACCCAUUUGAUGAGGUCGGCUAAGGAGAGAGUUCGUCAGGAUCCUUGUGAGGAUAAUUCUCAUACUCAGAUGAUCAGAUCAAGGGAAGUAGCCUUUGAAGCACAAACGUCACGUUACUUAAAUGAAUUUGAAGAGCUCGCCGUCUUAGGAAAAGGUGGAUAUGGAAGAGUGUACAAGGUCAGGAAUAAAUUAGAUGGUCAAUAUUAUGCAAUUAAAAAAAUCCUGAUCAAGGGUGCAACUAAAACAGAUUGCAUGAAGGUAUUACGGGAAGUGAAGGUGCUGGCAGGUCUCCAGCAUCCUAAUAUUGUAGGCUAUCACACAGCUUGGAUAGAACAUGUUCACGUGGCUCAAACGCAAGCAGACAGGAUUUCUAUUCAGUUGCCGUCCCUGGAAGUGAUCUCGGACCAGGAGGAUGACAGAGAUCAAUAUGAUGUUAAAAGUGAUGAAAGUAACGGCUCAUCCAUUAUCUUUGCCGAGUUCACUUCAGAAAAAGAAAAAUCUUUUGGAGAAUCUGGCAUGGAAAAUCAGAAUAACAGAUUGGUGAACUACACGACCAAUUUAUUCACAAGAGACGCCAGUGAAUUUGAAUCAUCCAGUGAGCUCCAAGAAAAUGGCUUGGCUGAUUUGUCUUCCAGAUCGAUUGUAGAGCAUCAGCUGCCAGCUAGGCAUAAUUCAGACUUAGAAGAGAAUUUUGCAUCCACUGAGGAAUCUUCUGAAGAAAAGUUAACCUUGUUGGGGCAGACAGAGGUGCAGUACCACCUAAUGCUGCACAUCCAGAUGCAGCUGUGUGAGCGCUCGCUGUGGGACUGGAUAGCUGAGAGAAACGAGCGGGGCCGAGAGUGUGUGGACGAAUCUGCUUGUCAUCGUAAACAGGAAAAGUCUGAGAAACUGUCACAGACCAGAGAAACCUCAAGAGACAUGACAACUAAGUGUAAUGUGGUAUCCUGGGUGGAAUCCUGGAACAGAAAAAGGACAUUAGGUCCUUAUAUUAUGGCCAGUGUUGCAACAAAAAUUUUUCAAGAAUUGGUGGAAGGUGUAUUUUACAUACAUAACAUGGGAAUUGUCCACAGAGAUCUUAAGCCCAGAAAUAUUUUUCUUCAUGGCCCUGAUCAGCAAGUGAAAAUUGGAGACUUUGGUCUGGCCUGCACGGACAUCAUACAGAACACUGACUGGACCAAUAGAAAUGGGAAGAGAACACCAACACAUACUUCCAGAGUGGGUACUUGUUUGUAUGCUUCACCCGAACAGUUAGAAGGAUCCGAGUACGAUGCCAAGUCAGAUAUGUAUAGCUUGGGUGUCAUCCUGCUAGAGCUCUUUCAGCCAUUUGGAACGGAAAUGGAGCGAGCACAAGUUUUAACAGGUUUAAGAACUGGUCAGAUACCUGAAUCCCUCAGUAAAAGGUGUCCCGUACAAGCCAAGUAUAUCCAGCACUUAACUAGAAAGAACUCAUCCCAGAGACCGUCUGCUGUUCAGCUGCUGCAAAGUGAACUUUUCCAAAAUUCUGGAAACGUUAAUCUCACUCUACAGAUGAAGAUACUAGAGCAAGAAAAAGAAAUCGAAGAACUGAAGAAGCAGAUACGCCUCCUCUCUCAGGACAGAGGGGUUAAGGAUGACAUGAAAGAGGGGGUGUGCCCCUCCAGCCUUAAUUAGGCUCUAUAAAUGUGAAAGUGGACUUGAAAACUCUAAGCUGGUCAACUGGAAUGUAAAUUUUCAAUCUUUAUUAGGGUAAAGAUGGUAUAAUACUUAGUUGUAAUUAGUAAGCCUGUGUAAGACUUAUUAAAGUGAAGUUGUACCCCCAAACUGCUUUUUCCUUAAGUAGGUCUUUUAUAACCUAGCAUCUUGAACCUAAGACUGCUCUAAACUAAACCUAUUCUGCUCUUUCCAUUCUCCUGUCCCGCAAGCUCCUAUUCCUGGAUUUCUUACUUUCACUGUCCAUCCAGUUUCUGAAACUAAGCAUUUAGACAUCCUCCUCAGUUCUUUCUCCUUUGAACUCGGCCUGUUGACCAAGUCUAAGCAUGCUCCCCACCCCAUCACUGCCGACUACACACUAGCUGGACUGUUCCAGUUUUGACAGCUGCCAGUCUUCCUCACUCUGUCACACUGCUGCCCGAGUUAAUUACUAGAGAGAUAACUGAUCAGUUCCCUCUGGCUCACAGCUUCUGCUGCCUCUGAGAUAAAACUUCAACUUCUUGGCACAGUGUACAUUAUCCAGCCUAUUUCUUUUCUCUUCACUUUCAACUUGGCAUCAUUGCAAAACUAUGCCGUUUCAAAACUUUGUACUUCUUGCCCCCAAAAUGAUCCCAGAACAGCUCUGUUUCUGGCGUUCCUGCCCCCGCACUGUUCCCGUGCUGUGGUGACCUCUCCGUUACUCCGCCUCUCCACUCCCCGCCAGUCUACAGUCCUCAAAGGCAGCCCUGUGAUAUAUGCAUUUUUGUAUCCCCGGAAGUGCCUGCCACAGAGCUGGCAGUUGUCAUGGUAUAUUGCACACAAUGUUGAAUUUUAAAUAAAAAGAAAACCAGAAAUUA